AUGGUCCAGGCAGAGCCUCGUCUCGACGAUGUCGACGCGAAGAUCCAUCCGGCCAGCGCAGACCACAGUACCGCGCGUGCAGGUGCACGCACGGAUACCCUCACCUGGUUUAGCCCGCCGGUCGAGACGGUUGCCCGGGGUGUGGCCGCUGAGCAGAGCCCAGCUACGUGGAGCCACAGGUGUGAGUUAGGUGCCAGCAAAUGGACGCUAGGCGUAGUCCCACCUGCAAGCAAGUGAGCGACCACUACGACCAUCACGUGGACCCACUGCUGACACCGCUAAUUAACCUUUAUCACUCACACAUGUACCGGUUAAGUGGACUUCUGAGGUCUUCUGUCAUUUACCUUUAAUAUGUUAAUUGACUGUUUACAUCUGAAUAGGAAGUUGGCCUCCAUUCCUACUUUCGAUAUGCAUGUGAUUUUGUUAUAAAGUCGCAUAGUUGCUUUGUUCGAGAGUAUUAAUUUGCCAUCCUGUAUUGCCAAUGACGCGUAAGAUGAAUCUCACUUUACUUUAAACCUUCCUCUUCUCGCAUUCGAAACUGCAUAAAGCAACUUUACCUGAAUUAACUGUUCUAACAACUGAGCGUUUACCUUGUUUCCGUCUCCUUAUUGAAUGUUUAUGUUUCCUAUUAAGGCUUCGUUCGAUUAGAUUGAGGAGAACGUGUUCCUUGCAUACUAGACGUUUUAAACCUACUUUCUAACAUGUCCCGAAGUUUUCGACUCAACAACAAACAAUUCAGAUCUGCAAUCAGCUAGUAGCCUACGCAGACACGGGCUUAAACGUCGAUUGUCACCUUGCUUAUAGGAAGCACUCGAUUUAUGUUAAUUCACUAAAUAAAACCAAUAUAACUUACGGAGUUUGGAGGCCAGGUGGACUAAGCUCCUACAAAGCGUACAGUCAGUAUACCUCAGACCAUCCUUCCGAACAAUCCGAAACGUUACGUGCAUCAAUAUUCCGAAACACGUAGAGCUAGGCAUCCAAUUUAAGAGUCUCGUUAGUCAGACUGCAGAUCUAAAACGUAGCGAUCCUAAAGAAGUUGAUUGUAGUAAGUCGACUCUGGUUAACUGCUGCCAACACUAUCUAAGAAACUCCCGAUAAACAAGGGCCUCUUGACAAGGGCUCAUGUCGAUAGCCUCAGGGAACUUCGCAAAAACUAAUACAUUGUGCUAACCAGACCGGAUAAGGGUUCAGGAGUAGUACUAAUGCAUAAAACGGGUUAUGUUGCGAAACUAGAGGUACUACUGUCGGAUCGUUCCAAGUUUUAAAAUCCGAGAAAGAUAAGGAUCACACAGAGGCUGCAGAGGAUCAGCUGACGACUAUUCUGAAACAUUUCUGCAAAGAUGGUCAUUUGUCUAAUAAAGAAUAUGAAUGACUGAGGCCGGUGGGCUCGACAAUACCAAGAAUGUACGGCCUUCCUAAAAUCCACAAACCAGGGCUUCCUAUUACGUUUAAUCUUGGAGAUUGAAAAUACAUCCCAUCACACCGUUACACAACGGUUAAUGGAUAGGCUAAAGCCACAGCAAAGUCAUCUGUAUCGUCGAAGUUUGAAGGACUCCUUUGGGUUUGUUGAAGCUAUUCAUGCAUGUGCUGUUGUGGAGCGGGAUGCAUCGGCCGUACAACGAGACGCCUGGCAAGGAGAGGGGUGAACUUAUGUCCGACUGGCUAGACAGAGGUGAGACCCGAUCGAUUCCGAGUUCUUCUCUUGCACAUUUAAUCCAUACGAAUCACCAAUUUGAGACUAAGGAAGCAUUUCAGGUUGUCUACCGGACGCCAACAAGCUUCUCUAAAGACCAACGCCAAAGGAUAUUAGCAAUGGCCGAGGCAGUGGCCAUACGGCUAGCGAAUCCAAUGUUAUACUGGCUUCUGGCUUUGGAUUGGCUUUGGCACCUCCGCGGUCAGCCGAUGACGCGCCCCUGUGGCCUCUACCCCCUCUGUCCGUGUGCCUGUGGUUGGUGAAGAAGGAGAAGAGUUCACCAGACACAGGCGGCGAGACAGGACAAGUCUGGGCUAGCAGAAACAAACAACCCACCACUCUGACGAUGGAAACGAGAAAAUAUCCGAAACGUCAGCACAAAUGCAGUGUGGUCCAUGGAAUCGCCUCUUUUUUCUUCUUCGUCAUAUUUUGGGGAGGAUGAGCGGGAUAAUUUAUCUGAAUCCGGAAUAUUAACUCAUGUUUAUAUAUAUUUACAUGCCAAAUAAGCGUAUGACCGCCACUAUUGUGGUUAGGAUCUCACUCGAUCUCAUCCUGUUACCGGCGAUCAUUAAUGCUGUGUCAUAGGACGCAUACUACACGUGAGCAUGUCACCAAGCUUGCAAUAAACCAAAGGCAUACAGCUGUUUAACGGUCGAUACCGGUCAUCAAUGCGUCCUUGGCUUUAGGCAGGCGGACAGACGAAAUGGGAUCGAAUGAGAUCCUAAGCACAGCACUCAGAGUCGCACAUUAAAUUGGCGGGCUUCAUGCCUUACUCCGUAAGGCCUAUGACAUGCUGAUGAUCGGAAACUUCCGUGGUGCCUAAAAGUGUCAAGAAAGGGUAACCGAUUACGUCUGGUAGAUGUCGGACGGCAUUCAUGAAGUGUUUUGCGAUUUGCACAGCCAUUACUGUUUGCUUGCACGAACUCGCAUGCACUAGCACAAACACGCACUCAAAUGUUGCCAAGAAUUAUCCAUCCAAGCGUUCGAACUGGCCUCAUGUCCGCGAAGAAAAGUGAUCUUCUCGAUAGCGAGAAAAUUUGUGGAUUGAAUGGAGCAUGCGCUUUCGAGGACAACUUCGACGAACGAUGUAUUUAGCUGGUGCGGGAAUACAGAAGAACGAACGACCAGGUUGCUAUUAUGACUUGACCGACUUUGACUUGUUGCUUGUUUGCUGGUCCAUGAAAUUUGUCUCCUCACGGAGAUUGGUUUUCGUCGGGAAUCCACUAAAUCUGUGUGCGCCCAUUCCUUAUUGAAUAUAUACUCUCCGUUCAAUAUCUACAAAAGAAGGCGAAGAGGAAAAAGGGGCGAUUGCAUGGAUCACACUGUAUUGGUGCAGACGUUUGGGAAACUUCCUCGUUUCCUUCAUCAGAGUGGUGGGUUGUCUGUUCCUGCUGGCCCGGUGUUGUUCUGUAUCGCGUCUGUCUUGUGUUAAAGGCAUGCCUGACGCACGAACUCUCACUUGUCUUCGGACUGGGGAUUGGCUUGGGGCCCCGCGGGCGACCGAUGGCGCACCCCUGUGACCUCUGCCUUCUGACCGUCUGUCGUAGUCGCUGCAAAAUCUGUGUGCGUGUAGGCACUCCCCUCAUAAUUGGAUGGAUUGAUCAGCAGCCGUUGAAUGUACGAAUUACGCUCGGUUGUUUAGGCACGCCGGCGUGUCGAUAUAUCGCGUUGGUCGUGCGACCUCCGGAUAGCACGAACCCCCUGUUGUGAAGGUGGCAACGUUUUGGAGGAGCCUAGACGCGCUCACCAGGGCUGCCGGCCUUGUCUGGACUGACUGGAACCUCGUAAGUAGCGCCUGGUCAGCCGGAUGAAGAUCAAUAGCCCUGUUCAUUGUGCCAACUUAGAACCAACUUUCGAGGACCAGCUCGACCGAGGACACUUGCUCCCCCAAAGACGAAACUUUUGUUUCUCCGUUUGCAGGUGGCCAUAUACCUGUGACAGUCUAUCCUUGCGGUUAACUUGAAGCAGGUGUGCAUGCAGUCUUGUGCAGAGGCGUUUCCCCGUUUCGCCAACAUACCUCAGAUUGCAAUGUUGGCACGAUAUGCUGUAGACCACUGCUGAUUGUUAUGUUGCCGAUAGCGGGUCUUUGGGUCUCAUUAUCUGCACUCUGAUAGUGAAUUCCGGUUUAUGAGCCACCGCAAUCUCAAAAUGGUUUAGUAUUCUAGCUGUCGCCGCGCAAACGUUCCUUGCGUAGAGGAUCGCAGGCUUAACUUCGGCUUCUCACUGUCUAAUCAUUGACGGGCAGUCUUUGAUGGGCACUCACGUAUGAAGGAUCGUGGGUGGCCAUUGUCUGGGAAUAAAUAAUGUAGUUAUUUUGCCUCCUCCUUUUUUUCCGUCGUCGUCGUCGUCGCCGUCACUACAGUGGUUUCGAGCUCGUUGGCACGGUAUGCCGUAGACCACUGCUGAUUGGUUCGUUGUCGGCAGCGGGUACCCCAUUCCCGUGUUUGGAUUCGCGUCUGGCCUAACAUCAUGUUUGUUCUUUCGUUCGUUGAGCUGCACCCGGAGGGCUUGGUAGGCUGCCGGAAUGGCAGCACAACGGCUCAUUGUGGCAGUAUCCGUUUGUCAAACAUCAAUUGUUUCCCCAACUGUGCGCUCAUUGCCCCGACUCGUUGCGUCAUAAACACAGAUGUGCGCUAACCUACGACAGUAGAGCAGAAACACACUGCAGAGAUUCGGACGACAGAAAGCUAGGACUCCGCUACACUCAGCGUCUUUUCAUGGUCAACAGAUGCAGCGUAAUAGAAUCGAGCGCAUGAGGCAGUGUUAGUCAGGCCAACAUCGGGUGAUAAAACAGCCAAAAUUUUGGCGUGCACUGUCGUACAUCGACGGCGUCUAUGAGGCAGUUUACUGCAUCCUACGACACUUGGAGAUCGGAAUCACUCAUGAAACAAACUCAUCCAUUCGACAUUUAUACAUGCGACUGAAGGCCCCUCUGCCACAAGGCAAGACGACAAAUUAUCUCCAGCGGGUCCAGUGUUACUCUUCUGAAGCUAACUACGCCGAGAGAUGAGCAAGCGGUUAGUAACCCGUGUUACCGAACACAUGCGGGCAGUGAGCAGAAUAAACCAAUUGCCUCUGGCAGCGGAAAGCAGCGCAGAAUCUGGACAAACAAUUGUCUUCCAGCACGCCAAAAUUCUGCCAAUGCAUGAGGCUCUUGUCUUUAUAUUUCGUCUCUAUUGUGCAGAGAACGUCUUCCAUUAAAUUGACCUCUGUUGGAGACGGCUCGCUAACCAUAAGCCGCACGAAGUCAAGCAUGCCACAGUCUGGGUUUAAACAUGUACAGGUCACAGGAAAAAUGCUGGUAUAAGCAGAUGCCACCGGAAACUCUCAGUCAGGUUGAACAAAAUUCAUUUUGUACGGAAAAUGUAAGGGUCGUAAGAACCAUGCUUGUCCAAGUCUCGAUUGGCCCGAAACAGCCCUACAAGUGAGUGUCGGGAGAACCUUUCAGCCGCGUUGAUCUUGCCGAUCGGAACUUAGCCGGCAGAUGCACCAAGGGAGAACAGUCAGUCAUUGACAAUGAUGUCACUGGUUGAGAUGACAUUGAAUGCAGAAGGAGACAUGAUUGAUGAGACAGGGGCUUUAUUAGCCUGACGUUUCGAAUUCCUGUUCGAACACAUCAUCACAAACAUAGCAUAUGUGAGGGUUCAAACAUAAGAGGCUGCAGUAUUUAUAGGAUGCAGUCGCCAUGCUACUUCGUCUCUGAGGCAAUUUUCCGCCCCCUACGACUCUUGUUGAUCGAAAUCGCUUAUCGAACAAACUCAAAAAUUCGACGUUUAUAUAUGAGACUGUGGCUCUCCCCCCUGCCAAGAGUCGAAACGACAAGUGUCAUCUAACGGGUCCACUGUUACUGUUUUGAAGCUAACUACGCCGAUAGAUAAGCAAACGGUUACAAACUCGUGAUAACGAACACAUGUGCACAGUGAACAAAAUGGACCAAUUGUAUCUGGCUGCGAAACACUUCGCGGAUUAUGAACAAAUACUUGUCUUCCAGCACGCCAAAAUUCGGCAAAUGUGACAGCCUUUUGUCUUUAUAUAUCGUCUCAAUGGUGCAGAACGUGUCUUCCAUUAAAGUGACGUCUGUUGAAGAGGACUGGUUGAACAUAAGCUUCACGGAGUCAAGCAUGCCAGAUUAUAGAGCUAAAAACAUGAAGGUCACAGGAAAAUGUUUGUAUAAGAAGAUGCCGCCAGAAUCUAUCAGUCAGGUUUAACAAACUUUAUUUCGUACGGAUGAUAUAAAGGUCGAAAGAAACAUAUUUAUCCAAGUCUCGAGUAUCACGAAAUAGCCCUACAAGUGGAUGUCGGGAAAACGUCCCUACAGCGUCGAACAUACAUUUAUUCGUACUCGUGGUAUUAAUGAUUGUCGAUCGGAACUCAAACGAUACAACUAUCCGGCAGAUGCGCUAAGUGAGAACAGGCACUCAUUCACAAUUCCGUCAGUGGCUGACAUGACAUUGACUGUUUUGACAAAUCACCUACUGACACGCAGAAUGAAGACACGAUCGAUGAGGCAAGAGCAUGUUUAGCCUGACGUUUCGGAUUCCUGCUCGAACACAUUAUCACAGACAAUAGCAGAUGUGGGGUGUUCAUACAUAAGAGGCUGUAGUAUUUGUAGGAUGCAGUAGCCAUGCUAUUGCCUACUGAUGAAUAUUCACGGCUCCCACCGCCCCCCUCUUCAUCAGGGACCUUUGCACUUGGUGUGAUGACUGCUUGAUGGCAGAUAUUCACGGCGUUUAUCGCUGCAAUUUCAUUACGUGUGGUGAAUAUUGUUGUGAGGAUUGCUCGACCAUCUCACCCACCGAUCCUGAUGUUGGGAACAUUGUUUACGUGUGAUCUCCCAGCGUGUCAUAUUACUUCGCCUAGGCGAAGUCUCACCACCGAGUAUGGAAAGGAAGGACGCUGCACUUGUUCAUGGACUGUGGGUCACUGAACCAUGCCUCAAGCAGGUCGCAGCUAACGCGGUUGUCACCUCCAUCGAGAAAUUCCGACCUCGUUGAAUAGAAUGUGUGUCAAGGUCUCGUCCAAUGAGCCGCAACUUGAGAGCAGAGGUUAUUUAUUUGCACCGCUACAACGUGUUCGGCCAUUUGCGUUAGAAGAUGUCCUCCGGUUUAUCCGACGUAAUUGCUUUGUCCGCAACUGCAUCACAUCCGAUAAAAGACCCUAGAUGUUUCUUACAAUGGCAGCGGGGCUUCCGAUUUCAUUACCUGACGCCUCCGGUCUAUUUGCAAUUCCAAACCCAAGUGGCGCGGGAGGGCAGCCGACAGCUUCCGAAACGUUCAUGAGAUGCGGAUGGGCUCGCCAAAAUUUUGGUAUCCGUGCGGUUUGGAAUUUCGUCCCUUUUGCGUAGGCCCCGGUGGACGAGGUUGCGCGGGUAGCCAUUGAAUUUGAAAACCCGUCGAAGUUAUUGCCGUUUGGCAAACUCACGCGGAUCAUAAUUUGUACUCUAGAAAAAAUCCGAUAUCGUUGACAUCAGAGCCUAUCAAAAACUGUCAGACCACCCUUUCAGGUAAUGGCGGCCGUAAGUUUACCUGGGAGAUCUCCUCUCAAAGUGGUACUGCCCAUUAUAAGCCAAGUCUAAACACUCAGUGCACCACCGUGUUGUAACUUUUAAAAAUGCACGCACCAACAGAAAUCAUUUCGCAUUCUCAUCACUCGGAUUUUCUUUUUAUCAAAGGUUUCCUCAAACAGGUGGGUAACCUUUGUAACGAUCAACAAUUCCACUUCAUCACCAGGGGCAUGUUCUUUCAUCCGAACACUCUCACUGUUUUUGUUCUUCAGACGAGGCUGUCAGUGUUUAAAACCUGGGGAACUUUCUACCACGCGAUUUGUCUUAGGGAUAAAUUACAGAUUUAGAUGAGGAACAGUGUGAGGAUGAUGCCUGAAUAUAAAAAUCGCUGUAUGCCUCACUGAUUCAAUUCGUAUAAUAAAUAAUAUUUGGCAAUAUAGCCAACGUGACCGAAUGACAUAUUGGUUAUACAAUUUAUGUCUAUCCAGUUGUCGGAAGUUUUAUCAGAAAUCGAGAAAUUCGGUCAUGUGUAUAAUUACCACGCAAGCUUUGCGAAGAGUUCAGUCUCAGAAUUAAGGCUUUGCAGUAUUACGCAGAUAGAAGUAUUUGAAAAUAAUUAGUUGGUUAGAAAGAUCAUGUUAUCGAUGAGGGAUGCUCCAAUGCCCACAAAAUUAGGGCGUCUUACAAAUUCUAAAAUAUCGGUAAGCCUCCAUGGAGCAGUCUCCCAUUUUCUCCGACAUAUAUGCUUUGUCCGAAACUGCAGCCGAUCCGGCAAAUCUGGCAUUCCUUGAUGCCCCCGUCUGUCGCGAAGAUUGUGGUGGCCCAAAGCCCAACAGUGUUGAGGAAAGCGGCGAAUAG